GUAUCUACUCCAACCAAAGGGAGAGGCAUGACUUCACUGUUUGAGAUAUCUCCGGCUACUUUAGUUCAUAAGGAAGAGCCUUAUGCUGCGUGAACUACCAGCAGACAAUAUUCCCUGUACAUCAUGCUCAAUACCACUGUACUGCUCUGAUCGUUGCCAACUUCAGUCAGGAGGACAGGUAUUAAGGAAACGUGUAACAAACAAUGAAAGUGAUGAUAUUCUUUCUGGUGACUCUUUCAAAUACUUCCUAAAGGUGACUUCAGAUAGUCAUUUGGAUCCAGGCAUAGAGUGCUUUACUGAACAUGGACAUGAAUGUCGUGGUGUGAAUUGGCCUGUUGUGUUGCCAACCCAGGUGGUAUUAGCUGGUCGGAUUAUGAUGAAGUUGGUAGAACUAAAAGAGGAUUCAAAAGAUUUGGACCUUUUUCAUCAUUAUGUACAUCUCCCUCCAGAAAGCAAAGUGGAGUUGCAUGUAUACUCAAUCGUGCUGCUUUACUGCCUUCACUCGUAUUAUAGAUCUAAAUUCAAGCUGCAAGGAGCUAUUUUUGCAAAGGUCAUCAUUCUUAUUUCUCAAAUAAAAGUCAAUUCCAUGGCAAUUGUUCGUAUGAAAUCUUCAGAUGUAUCUAAUCCAUCGAAGCAAUCAGGAAAUUUGUCCUUACCUGGAGAUAGCAUGACAAGCAAUUUUGAGCAGGCGAGAGUUGGGCAAGGAAUAUACCUAUCUGGCAGUGUGUUCAACCAUUCCUGCAUGCCUAAUGUCCAUGCGUACUUCAUUUCUCGUACACUUUUGAUUAGGGCCACAGAAUAUGUGCCCAGUGGAUGUCCAUUGGAGAUGUCUUAUGGACCACAGGUUGGGCAGUGGGAUUACAGAAACCGACAGCAAUUUUUACUUGACAGAUAUACAUUUAAGUGUCAAUGCAAUGGUUGUACUAGAGCUAAUCUUCCAGAUCUUGUCUUAAAUGCUUUCCGGUGUGCUAAAGUUAAUUGCUUUGGUGUGGUUCUUGAUGACACUAUGGUGGAGUAUGAAAAACAUAAAUAUUAUCAUUUACAAGAGACGCCUAAAGAUCACAGUACGGAGCAUCAACGAGAGGUUGAAAAGUUGAUGCAUGAUGAGAUUAAGAACGUUGCUUGCCUCAUAUUUGAACAUAGUAAUCACUGCCCUGAGAUUCAGUCUGGAUGUUGCCUGAAAUGUGGUUCCCCUAAUGACCUGAAGUAUCUGCGUGCAACAGCUGAUGAAGCUGAUACAUAUUUUCGAAGUUUGCAGGAAGCUGUUAAUUCAAAUGAUGUUUCUGCUGGUCUCUUGUCAAAUGCUUUGAGUUCCCUUAAUGAUCUGAAAUCUGCGCUUCAUUCAUAUAACAAGAAACUUGCGGAGGCUGAAGAUAUUCUUGCUGAGGCAUUUUGUUCAGUUGGGGAGAUGCAACAAGCAAUUGAUCACUGUACAAUAUCCAUUCAGAUUCUAAAGAAGCUUUACAGUCCUGGUCACAUUGCUGUUGGAAAUGAGCUUGUAAAGCUAUCAUCACUUCAGCUAGCUUUGGGUGAUGCUGCUGCUGCUGUAGAUACUGUACGUCAGAUGGAUACAAUAUUCUCGAACUACUGUGGGAAGCAGGCAGUGCUGAUGUUUCCAUAUCUGAAAUACCUUAAAGGGGAGGUGGUUCACAAGCUUGCUGAUGGAAGAAAGUCGUGAUACAUCAAAUUGCAUACUCAUAGGAAAGUACUGGAUUACUCAGUUUAUGCUCCUGCUAUCUUUUUUUUUUUUUUUUUUUUUUUUUUUUUCUCCCAUGCUGGGGGCGGAGAUGGGGAGAGACGUGGAUAAGAUUGGUGCAUAUGACCUUAGUUCAUAUGGGAAUAUCAGUUGAGUAAUCCAAACUGUUUCUUUUAAAUUGCGGUGCAGUCUGCAAUCUGCAUACUUAAAGUUUUGUGUAAAUUUGUGAAUAGUACACUAUGAAUUACGUAGGCCUGUAAAGCACCAGACAAACUAAAAUUGCUGUAGGAUGAUUGUUUAACUCUGUAGUACACAACGCAUCAGCUAUGGUAAUGGGGGAGGAAAUGGUUUGGGAA